AAUAAAGGUGGAAAUGGUGGUGGAUUGGUGUUCUUUACGUUAAAAGACUAUCGGUGGUGUUGCGUUUUGAUGGUGAUUUUAGUAAAUAUAAACCUACUGUAUGUCUCUGUAAGACAGUUUAGUUGUGAAAAUAACUUUUUACGGUGUAAAAGCUGGUUAAACUAAAUUAUUUCCAGAAAUGUCGGAGCAAGGCGAUGUUCAACAACCCAGCAGUCCUGCCGAGCGAGAUAAAGUUCCUUCGAGGGUGGUAAUUCCAGAAUCAGAAAUUUCAUCCCUAAGUCCAACGGAAUGGGUGAACCGAUGGCAUCAACAAGAAUCAUAUGUAACGAGUUUGGAAAAAAAAUUAUCCAUUCAAGAAGGCGAAAUUGUUGAAUUGCGGCAGUCAACAGACCGCCUGAAGCCGCAGCUUCUCGAUGCUCAACAACGGGAAAAAGUGUUGAUGCGACGUUUGACUGCUAAGGAACAGGAAACGCAAGAUUAUGUGUGUCAGCUCAACGAAUUGAAGAACUCUCAGGUUCCGUCUUCGUCGUCGUCGUUACGAACGGCCCUCUUGGACCCGGCCGUGAACAGCCUCGUUCACCAGCUACGGCAAGAGCUCCAAGAGACGAAAAACAAACUCGAGAGCACGCAAAACGAACUGGCAGCGUGGAAGUUUACGCCGGAUAGCAACACCGGCAAACGGCUGAUGGCGAAGUGUCGCUUGCUGUACCAAGAAAACGAGGAGUUGGGCAAAAUCACUAGCUCGGGCAGGAUCGCGAAGCUAGAAAGCGAUCUCGCGUUGCAGAAGAGCUUCUCGGAGGAGGUGAGGCAGUCGCAGAACGAGCUGGACGCUUUCCUCGCCGAUCUCGACGAGGACGUGGAGGGCAUGCAGAGCACCAUCCUUUUCCUGCAGACGGAAUUGAAAAAAGCGAAGGACGCGACGCAGGUGUUGCAAAAGGAGAACAGUACUUUGAAAAUGGCGAACGGACGAGCGAACGGUGACUCGAAUAGUGUUUGUGAACAAGACCGGACCGAUUCCGACUCCGAGUUGGAGAGGACGCACGCCAAGCGGGUUCGGAGGUCGUCAGUGUUGAGUAUAGACUUCAACGAGGACGACGCGUUGGUGAUUAGCACCAACGGUGACGUGGCGAUGUCGUCGGACGCCGAAUAGUGGGGUGCGGGGCGGUCGCUCAUCGGCUUCCGACGGGAGGUCUGAUUUUAUCCCCCCCCCCCCUAUUCUUCGUUAUAUAUGUGCCCCAAGCAGCGACAAAUUUUACCCAUACAGACAGACGUAGGAGGUGUGAGGCCUAAGGAGACGUCGGGGUACUAAACGGGGGGUCGUUGCAAUUCUUUUUAACUGUAUCGGCGUGUUAAGAGUUUUAGUGGUUGUACGUUGUACCGGGUGGCUCACAACGGCGAAUUGAUUGAAGUUUAGUCGGAAUUAUACCCAUUUGUUAAACACAAAUUACAGGUUGCUAAUUGACAGGGACACUUUCACUAUACUUCGACAAAAAUAUGUUACUUUGAGAAUAUUAAGGCAACAUUCCGUGCGUAGCGUUUUAAUAUCAUUUAUUUUAUAAACAUAUAUAAACAUUACAUGCCGUCUAGCUAACUAUCUAUUUCCAGUCUUUUCUAUUUAGGGCCAAAUUUUUAGCUUUUACCCAUGUCCUCGUUCUCUUCUUCACAAUCUUUCCCAAAUGCUGUCCCACGUUUCUCUGGGUAUUAUUCCUCUUUUCCUUUUUCCCAUCCUUUUAACUCUGCCAAACUCUUUUAACCGGUACAGUGCGGCUCUGUAAAUGGUCCCACCAGCCAAAUUGUUUCUUUUCUAUGAAUUCUUCUAUGGAUUCUACUUUUAACUCUUUUCUUAUUUUGUCUCUUCUGGUUAUUCCUUUUAUUCUCCUCAAGUAUUUCAUCCCUGCUGGUCCAAUUUUGCUUUUGUCCCUAUCUGACAAUACCCACGACUCAGAGUCAUAUGCAACGAUUGGUCUGUAAAUUGAUUUGCAAACUUUCAUCUUAGUUUCCUUGAAAAUUUGUUUUUUAUUUUUCUAUUUUAUUAUUUAAUUCUGUAUUCGGGCCUCCUAUUUCUUUGAACAUAAUUCCCAAGAACUGGAACCUACUAACUUGUUCUAUUAGUGUCCCACUUGUUCUGAUUUCUCUUUUUCGUUUGAUACUGCCAUAACUUUGGUUUUAUUUAUGUUUAUUUUUUUGCCGUUUUGUGUCAAUAUCUGAUCCCAGUUAUUUAGAUUUUCCUCUAUAUCUUUUGAGAUGCCUGCUAUGUCCAUUCCGAUAUGACACAUUCUAGUUGUCGGUAUCCAACGUAAAGAGUUUUUGAUCGCAGUUCUGUCCAUAUAAAUUAUGAAUAUUAAAGGGCUUAAACUACCUCCCUGCCUCACGUCUUGGGUUAUAAAUUCAUGUUCUUACUUAUUACACAAUUUCUUGUUUAAUUGUAUAAGCAUUGUCAACCUUUCUAGCUUGUAGGCUUUUCCAGGUUUUUAUUCGGUGAACUCUAUCAAACGCUUUUUCCAUAUCUAAGUAUGGCACUACGUAUACCGGUUUAUGUCUUGCCAAUUUUCUCGAAAUGAUUUCUUUUGUUUCAGUUAAAGUUGGUUCUACUUUUGAUCGUAGUCUCUUUUCAAUUAUUUUGUCAAACAGUUUCAAUGGUGCACAUAGCAUGCAUACAUAUCAUUUUUAAAAGUAAAAUUAUUGUUGUUCAUUUUGUAUUUUUUUCCCAGCAUUAUUGAAAACUUUUCCAAAUAAUGUUGAGAUUGAAAUUUAACAUAACUAUCGUCAAUGCCAGUUAAACAAAAAUGACGUAUCACAAAUUCCGACUCUACUGUAUUGUUACUGUUUUUUCACAAGGGUCGUUUCGAACCCUUGAAAAAAUUAAAAAUUUUAAAUUUAAUGGAAAACCGAACAUCUCCGAAGACAGUUUGUGGAGAUUGCAUUUUAGAUAAUUUAUCGCGAGGUAUUUGAAAAGUGGAAGAUUUUAGGGGAGUUCUAGCAAUACUUUUUUAAAGGUAGGACUUCCUCUAUACUGGGUGUUUCAAAAACGCUCGGUUGUUUUCUAAUUAACGUUAGUUUGGUUAAUAAACAUGUGUCUCAAUAUUUCUGAAAUGGGCUUAAGACAAGAAAUUACACCACAAAUACCUUUGAGUGUGUGUAGAUAUAAAAUUUUCUAAACAGUUUUUCAUAAAAAGAGAUACCCUUGUUUGAAGGCAAAAGUAUUCUUGUUUUGGAGUUAUAAAUUAUUUUAUGCAAUAUUCAUGCUAAGGACGCAGUAUAUCUCAGGGAAUAAUGGUUGGUUCAGAAACAACUAUGAAGUAAAAAUAUCCUAAUUUCUAAACUUAAAUUUUGUCAUCAGCAACUUUUAUGACCCAAUCAAAGAUGUUUGUGGAUGUUUUUUUUGGGAUACAUGUUCAUUAAUCACGUUAACGUUGUUUUUUAAUAUUACUAAUAAUUUUUUUUAAUUUUUCAUUUAUGACCAUAUUUGAUAUGGUUAAUAAAUGAUUAUUAUUAUUAAAUCUUAAAUCUUAUCCAAGUGUUUCCUUAAACUAUAUCACUUAAUAAUUACAAUAUAAUAAUAAUUAAGAAUUAUUACAUUAAUGAAAUAAAGGAAAUGGAACUCAAAACAAGAAUAUAGUUUAAAUAACUACAUGCUUCAACAAUUAUUUUCGUGCUUUAAUAAAUUUAAAUUAAUUAUUUACUUAAAGUUUUAUUAAUACUUAGUCCAUUAUGUCAUAGAGCAGUUUUAAGAGCACAACUUAAUUUAAACAUUCAAUUGAAUUUCAAAGUUUAAAGUAGAAACAAAACACGUAGUAUUUAAAUGUGGACUUUUGAGUAUAGAACUGCGAAACCUUCCGAAUAAGGUAAUAAUUUAAUUUAUAAAUCUUCUGGAUUCCUCCUGCGUCGGUUAUUGAUGAAUCGAACUUGCAGACGUUUCGCCAAUAAUAGUGUUGGCUUCUUUAGAGCUUAACACACUCUUCAACAGCUUCCAAUAAGCCCUAAGCCAACAGCAUGAUUGGCGAAACGUCAGCAAGUUCGAUAUAUAACUAACCAAUGCAGGAGAAAUCCAGAAAAUUUGUAAAUAGUAUUAUAGUAGCUUGUGGAAGUUUUGGUUACUUUUGUGGAAGUUUUUUUUAAAAAUUGACAAAACUAAACUAAUUAACAAAUAGGGGACCAAAUAAUGGUGAGAAUAUUCCAGGCAAAUUAAAAUCAAAAGGUAGUGAGAUUAUUAGAAAUUUAUGAAAAGAUUUUUGCCCACAAACGGUAAAGGAUAAUUUGUUUCGCAAAAUUCGAAAAUCAAAGAAAAUGCAGGAUCUGUUAUUUAAGAAAACUAACUAAAUAGCCCCCUUAGAAUUUCCAAAAAUAUUAUGUAAGAAACGUCCUUCAUGUAUGUUCGGUUUUCUAUUAAUGUAAAGAACUUUUGUUUUGGUAAGGGUAAAAAACCGGUUGAAACAACAUAGCAUGUUCUUUGUCUCUUCGUCUGUGUAAUUUAAUAUCCCACCGUGAACCACCCGGUAUAUAGGUUUUAUUCGUUUGCACAAAAAAAAUCUAUCGGAGAUGAGCACCGUUUGUAUGAGAAAUGGACUCUAUAGAACAGUGAGUGAAAAAAAAAACUGAUGAACAGCAUAUGAAAGUUCGUACAUACCCUUUUAAAAAAGGGAUGAUUUUUGUACAUUAUGGGAAAGAAAGAAUGCGGACUUCGGAAGUUGUCCCUAGGAAACGAAUGUUUCCGGCAGUACUUUCGGAUCGGCACUGUGUAAAAUGUCCAAAAUAUUAAAUAAAUUUUUUAAACAUCCAGUAGCGUCAAAAGGGGCAUCAUUCGUCUCCCGUUUGAAAACACAUUAUCAAAACAUGAAAAAUUGCGAAGUUUGCCGUUACACAAUUUGCGUGUAUAAAAAAAAUAAGUCGAUUUCGAUAAGGCCAUUUAGACGGCGAUCGAAAUGAAGCCGAAGGAUCGCCGCGGAACACCGGAUCGAUUUGUUUUUUUAAUGAUUCCUUAUCUUUUUUACACUUGUUAAUAAUUGUAAAGAAAAAUCGACAUUUUUAUUUAAAUGUUGCUUAAAUAAAUUAAUGUUUACUU